AUUUUUGCACAGGCGGAAAAUAAGUUUAUCAGGCGGGAUUUAACCGGUGGUUGGUCCACGCAACUGCGCAAGUCCCUGUACCAGACACACACUAUAUUGUUAUACAUAUACGUAUAUAUGGCAUAUCGUGUAUAAGGAGUAUAGAAACAGAGAGAGAAAGAGUAAAGUGCAAAGUGGCAAAGUAUGGACGGCUGUCAAAGAGCACCUUUGACGCGAAGAGGUUAUAAGCGCUUCUUCUCGGAUAAAAAAUGCCUUUUACCUGUUUAAUUCACAAAGUUUAACAACGUGGCAAACAACGAUUUUAUAACAGUAUAAGCAAUGGGUGCAACACCGAGCAGAUAUGAGGACCUCUCAAAGAAUACCUAUCUGGAGAGGUUCUGUGGCAAGGAGCCGAUACCCCUGGAUGAUCAGUUCUGGAGUCGUUUUCUUUCCUACAACAUGAGACCACCGCUUACACGAAAUGACCAGAUCGAGCUAGACUCUCGUCUGGAUUUAUGCUGCCAAAAGUUGCUUGUCAACAACCAAGUUACAGGGAACAUUGGAUCGCUGAUUCAGGUUUCCUUAUCAAAAGUUACUGAAUUGCUUUCAAUAGCUGACUCGGAUUAUAUUAUGCCGGCAUGGCAGACAUACAAUGCACUUUUUGCAGUGAGGUGCAUAUUGAAGUACCUCAUAGAAACUGUGGGAGAAGAAGAAAUGGUCAAGCACACAGAGUCUCAACUUUCUGAAGAGUGUGUCAACAGUUUAUUGCCAGUACGAUUGCAAUCUUUUUUUGAAUCCUUAGUAGAAGUUAUUGUAGAUGUACCGCUCUGUGAGUUUACAUAUCUUGUACACCUCGAGGCUAUAAAUUGUUUGUUAGUUUUGCUGUCAGUACAACUAUUCUCACAAACUCCAGCAGAGUAUAGUACAGUCUACAGAAUUGUCAUGAAUGAAGAGUUAAGUGGUCAUGCACCAGUAAUGGUUUGCACUUUAUUGAACAAUUUUGCUGAGCAGACUCAUGCACCUCCUGGUCUACUAACUCCACAGCCAGGAUCCAGUAUAGUUUUCAGCAUUGCAGCCGGACUUUGGAAUGUAAUUACAAUGGGAAUGGGUAGUAGUUUGAAAAAUGUACAAGUUGGACAUGGUGGAAACAUGGAAGAUAUAGAAAGAAAGCGAGAUACAGAGACACCACUGGCUAGUCAAUCCCUAUUGCUUUUGUUGGUCCUCACAAAUCAUUGGACAGCUUCACACAAUCCAUACAGAGAUGCCCUAUUCACAUUCACAAACAUAGAAGAUGACUGCGAAAUUUCGUGUGAAGAACAUUGCUCGUUUAAGUUUAACGUCGAUAAAUUAUAUAGAACGAUUUGCAAAAUUCCAAAUACAGAUGAAGUGACACUUUUACUUUACAUGCUGUUGCAUAGAAAUCCUAGUGUCAAACAACAUAUCAUGAAAAGGCCUGACGUACAAUUAUUGGUUAUUCCUAUUCUAAGAAUACUUUAUAAUGCUCCAGAAAACACUUCACAUCAUAUUUAUAUGUCCUUGAUUAUUCUUCUUAUCCUUAGUGAAGAUGAAACAUUUAAUAAGAGAGUGCAUGAUACAAUGCUAAAAGGAGUCACAUGGUACACAGAGAGAUCUAUAAGUGAAAUAUCUCUAGGAGGUUUAUUAAUUCUUGUUGUCAUCAGGACGAUACAGUACAAUAUGUUGAAAAUGAGAGACAGAUAUUUGCACACGAAUUGUUUAGCAGCCUUGGCAAACAUGUCCAGCCAGUUCAGAUCACUGCACCCGUAUGUUAGUCAAAGACUUAUUAGUCUAUUUGAGACAUUAGCAAAGAAACACGCCAAAUUGGAGGCCACAAUAAGAGGGCAGUCCUCCAACACUUCAACAACAGUGAAUAUUGCUUCUAAUGGCAGUGUUGCAAACAGUGAUCUUAUCCAGGACUUAACAGUAUUAGAAGAAGUUUUACGCAUGGUUCUGGAAAUUAUCAAUAGCACUUUAACACAUCAGUUGGCUCACAAUCCUAAUUUAAUUUACACUCUUCUCUACAAAAAAGAUAUUUUCCAACCUUUUAGAACUCACUCAGCGUUUCAAGACAUCGUCCAAAAUAUAGAUUCGGUCAUAAAUUUCUUUUCUCAAAAACUAGAACAGAAAGAACAAUCGCAACUCGGUGUUAGCCAAGUACUAGCAACGAUUCAACAAGGCACGAGUCAAUGGCCAAAAGAUCGAUUGAGGAAAUUCCCGGAAUUGAAGUUCAAAUAUGUAGAAGAAGAACAACCCGAGGAAUUCUUCAUCCCUUACGUAUGGAGCGUCGUCUGCCAAAGCGCGUUACUGCAUUGGAGCGCAGAAAAUAUUAAAUUGUUUUUGCCGAGCCAAAGCGAACAAACGACGAUUAUUGUUUGCUGAUAUCACGACGAAGCGUCGAGCUGCGGAAUAUGCUAAACAGUGAAGCAUUUGAAAAUGCCUAUGAUCUAUUAACUUAAUAAUGACUGAAGUUACGACUGUACAUCAAUAAGAAAGAGUGGCGGUUUGAUAUUUAAGCAAGCGGAAAAAAUAAAUAUAUGAAAUCUAUAUAGGUAAGCUGAUAAAAUACCGUAAGGCCAAGUAAAAAACUACUAUUUAUUAAAUAUAGAGAGAGCUUUUAAGUGGAUUUCUUUAUUAUUCUUUAAAAUUGACAAAAAAAAAAAAAACUAAAAAAAGCUUGCCUUUUAUAAACGCAAGAUUUUUGCGAUUCGAUACGUGGAUAUUUUCAAAAUUAUAGAAUCAAUUCCAAUAUGACCAAUGGCUUAUUAUUUUUAUCAGUAGCAAAAGUGUAAAUAACUUUCUAUUUAGCUAUAAAGAAUACCAUGUUGCAGACUAUGUUGUCGACUGUAAGAGUAAUUUACAUUUUCACAGCGUCUGUAUAUAGCUCCAGCUGUUUUCAUUGUGAAUACUUAUACUAUCUGAUAAAUUUACAAUAAUAAAAUUUGUACAUAAAAAUGAAUCAUCAGUCUCGUGACUAUUAUGAGGGAAGAGGAAAGAAGGAACAAGCAUAUCGAUCAAAUAAUAUAACAGCGGUUUUAAUUUUUUUUUUCGAAUGUACACCUUUAUUAAACAAAUACACUUGA